AUGAGGCAUCGAAUGUCCGUAGAGUUGCCGAAGUACUGGGAGUAUAUUUUAGAGAAGAGAAUACAUUCACGGUACGGUGUGUUGCGUCGCCGGCUGCUGGUAUGUUGCGUGUGGUGGUGGUCGGCGGUGCUGGUGUUCUACGGCGUGGCGGUGCGCGCGCAUGCGCUGGCGGGCUCGGCGCACGCCAACUACGCAAUGGUGGCGGCGGCGGAGGUGCCCGCGUUGGCGCUCAACACACUGCUGCUGGGCCGCGCCGGUCGCCGCGCCACGCUCGCUGCAGCUCUGCUGCUCACUGCUACAUCACUAACCGCCAUGUCGUUGCUGCCAAUUUCCAAAGGGCGGUGGCGGCUGUCGCUGUACCUGAGCGGCAAGGUGGGCGCGACGAUGACGCUGAACGCGCUGUACGUGUACAGCGCCGAGGUGUUCCCGACGCGUGCGCGCCACAGCCUGCUCGCCGCGUGCUCUGCCGCCGGCCGCGUCGGUGCCGUGCUCGCGCCGCUCACGCCGCUACUGGCGGUGUACGGUGAGUGGGUGCCGACGGCGGUGUUCGGGGCGCUGCCGGUGCUGAGCGCGGCGCUGACGCCGCUGGUGCCCGACACGCUGCACGCGCGCCUGCCCGACUCCUUCGCAGACCUGCAGCGCGCGCCCUCCACCACUGUCUGAAUACCAUCCUCCUCACUCUUGCGUCAAUCCCUCCAUGUUAGGGGUUAUGAGUUGUCUAAGGAUUUUCCGCGCACGAUUUUGUGUCAUCUACUCCAUCUGAAUACCACCACGAGAAAA